AUGGGUGUUGAUAGUGAUGGAAGAGAUUUUAAUGCUCAUUCUCCCAUGUUCGGAUAUUCUGACACAAAUGAAGCUGGAAGGAGAGUCCAGGACCUCUUCAGCUCGACUACUUUUGAACUAAUGUACAAAAAAAAUUAUCCCCAUACGUAUCUGCAUUAUACUGGUAAAAGUACAACACCAGAUCUGUUGAUAGUCACUGCUGACCUUUACAAUCUCACAAAGUGUAGGAUCUUGAAGGAUCUUGGAUCAGGACAUAGACAGGUGCUUGCAGAAGUUAAAGUACCCAAAGCAGAUCGGAGGCCCUUUUUGCCUUCAAAAGUCUCUUGA